AUGCUAAAAUAUCUAAGUAUUUUGUUGAUAUCAAGUGUGUUAUUGAUAUCUAUCAAUUAAAAAAAUGAAGAAAAUAUUACAAACUUGUAAUUAAAAUUUGAAGAUUGGAAAUUAAAGCAUGGGAUACAAUUUCUUGAUGAAGAGAACUAAUACAGAUUUUAAAUUUUUUAAACAAAUUUAUAGAAAAUUGAACAACACAAUUCUGAUUAAAGUUAGACUUACAUCAUGGGAAUGAAUAAGUUUAUGCAUUUAACUCAGGAGCAGUUUUAAUCAUUGUAUUUAAUGAACAUUUAGGAAAUUUAUGUCGGAAAUCAAACAGAAAUUAGUUAAUUAGAUAGUACAUAAUUGAACGCUUCAAUUGAUUAUAGAAACUAAACAAUUGUUAAGGAUUAAGGACAAUGCGGUUCUGGAUGGGCAUUUUCUGUAACAGGUACAAUGGAAGUGUAUUAGAAGAUAUAUUAAAAAAAGAAUGUAUCUUUAUCUGAGUAGCAUUUGAUCGAUUGUGAUUAAUUAUCAAGAGGAUGUAUCGAUGGUUCUAAUAUCAAUGGAUAUAAAUUUGCAAUAUCUAAUGGAGUUGCAACUAACAUCGAGUACCCAUAUGUUGGAUAUAAUUAAACUUGUAAGAGAUUAAACGGAACCUAUCAUGCAAAAGGAUACUCAUCAGCAGUGGGAGAAUACAAUAUGAAAUAAGCUUUAAUUAGCCAUCCAGUUUCUGCUGGUUUGGAUGCCUAAAAUUGGUAAUUUUAUUCCUCUGGAAUCUUCUCAAAUUGUGGUAUAACUCUGAACCAUUAUGCUGUUGUGGUUGGAUAUGAAGAGUCUGGAAAUUGGAUAGUUAAGAAUUCAUGGGGCAUAAAUUGGGGGGAAAACGGUUUCAUUCGUAUCAAGUCUGGAAAUACUUGUGGAAUAGUAACAUAUUCAUAUUAAGAUAAGUAUUAAUGA